AUGGCGCCUCAAGGAGAAAAGGGUUUCUUCGCCUCUCUGAAAGAGUACUACAAUACUGAUGCUCUCUCCGACGUCACCGUUACCUGCGGCGUACAAGUGUUCAAGGUUCACAAGAUCAUCUUGUCAGCCCACUCUAAGUGCUUUGCUAAGGCGCUGAAAGACCACUGGAAGGAGGGCUCCGAGGGAAACAUCGAUAUCGAUGAUUUUCACCCAGGAGUUGUUGAUGCCCUGCUCCGAUUCAUGUACUCCUAUGAGUACGACAACGAUCAAGAUACUCCACGCAUGCUUUUCGACGUCAGAGUGUAUCAGAUUGCGGACAAGUACGGCAUCACAGCACUGAAGGAUGAGGUGAAGAAGCCUUUUGAGGUUGCUGUGAACCGUGAAUGGAUCACCGACGAUUUUCCGAUUGCCGCCAAUCUUGUCUAUGUGACAACUCCUUCCCAAGACAGAGGCCUUCGCGACAUUAUCGUGGAGGUUAUGAGGAAGAACAUUGAGCAUCUUGCCGGUGCCAACAAAUUUGACGAACUUCUCAGAACGACGCCAGAUUUGGCCGUAGAUCUUGUUACUUGCCUAAGUGGAAGAACAGCAUCACCUGAGACGCAGUAUCAGUGCCCUGAUUGCGGCGCGCAAUUCUGGGUAAAUGAUGACCCUGAGGACUGGAGCUGUCCAUGCUGCACUUGGAAGACUUCAGAUUGGAGUGGGUAUAAAAUCGAAUGGGUUUGA